CAGUAUGAGAAAUCUUUAGGAACGAAAUAUAGCAGAAGUAAAGUAACAACAAUGGCGUUGAGUUCAGCACGAAGUUACAUUUACAUUUGUCAAAAGUCUUUAAUUCAGACUUGCACAAGAAGUAUAUCUACAACAUGUGUUCAGAAUUCUAAGAAAUCAUUCCGCAAAUUCCCGUACUUUGACAGAGGAACUGCCGAGUUUAACGAACAGCAAAGGACAAAUCCCGAUCCUAACCUUCCAAGUUUCCGUUACGGCAGAGUACCAGGUUAUUUUGAUGAGAAACACAACCUUGUUCCUGUGCCGGAGAUGAUUCCAGAAUUAAUUGUUCCAGACUUAACAGGGUUUGAGCUGAAACCUUAUGUGUCUUUCCGAGUUCCCAUUGAGCCUGAACCAGCUUUUACAGCCAAAGAUUUGUUUUACUCAGUGUAUGCCGAGAAGAUUGAAGCUGAUUAUGAACAGGGAAGAUUGGAUGAGAAUGGAAUGCCCCUGGAACCCAGUGAGAAUGAACUUCUGACAGCUGAACAAGCCAGAGACGCUGCCCUCAAGCUAGGAGCUGACAUGUUUACUGAUACCGAGAAUAUUGUUAAUGACAGUGAAUGGAUGAAAGAGCAGCCUAAGAUGGAGUACAAUUAAAGUACUGUGUAUGUUUAUGAAA